CGUACACAUACACAGCUUCUUGAUCUCACAAACUUAGUACUUAGUCUCCAUCAUAUCGCACAUUAUACCUUAUCAGUUGUAACUUAUACCUGCACACAUAUAAGAAGCCAGGGGAAACAAGGGAGGGAGACCGCGACCUCCACAACUCCAGCACUCGUCAACCGGCUGAUCCUGCUCCUUUACGGUUUACCAUUCACAAUGGACAAGGGAAAUGGCCCUGGACGACUACCGAGGCAGGAGCGCGAGUUUGCGCCGUGGGAACUCAAGUUCUUCGACACCGUCGCCAAGAUCCACUGGGCGCUCUUCUAUUUCAUGACCUUCAUCAUGAUCGCCGGCUUCGUCGCAGGCUUUAUCAA